AUGGUGGACAGCGACAGCGGCAGCGAGCGCGGCGGCAGUGGCGGCGGCGGCAGCUGGCAGGGAGGCUUCCAGCCCGCACCCCAGUGGUGGCGGCGAGCAGGAGACGCAGGAGCUGGCCUCGAAGCGGCUGGACAUCCAGAACAAGCGCUUCUACCUGGACGUGAAGCAGAACGCCAAGGGCCGCUUCCUGAAGAUCGCCUAGGUGGGCGCAGGCGGCUCCAAGAGCCGCCUCACGCUGUCCAUUUUGGUGGCGGCCAAAGCGAGUUCCUGGUGCGCGAGAACUGCAAAUACUACCUGGAUCUCAAGGAGAACCAGCUCGGCCGCUUCCUGCGCAUCCGCCAGUCCCUCAACCGCUGCGGCGGCGGCUUUGGCCCAGGCCCUGGGCCUGGUGGCCUCCAGAGCGGCCAGACCAUCGUGCUGCCAGCGCAAGGUCUCAUCGAAUUCCAACAUGCUCACCAAGCUCAUCGACGACUAGGGAGGCGAGGAAGACGAGCUGGCCGGAGGCCCAAGAGGCAGUGCCGCCAGCCCCGGGGGGUUGGGGGGCUGUGCGAGGAACUCCCGGAGGGCACCUCUAUUACUGUGGACUCCAAACGUUUCUUCUUCGAUGUGGGCUGCAACAAGUACGGAGUUUUUCUACGUGUGAGUGAGGUGAAGCCGUCCUACCGCAAUGCCAUCACCGUGCCCUUCAAGGCCUGGAGCAAGUUUGGUGGCGUCUUCUGCCGGUAUGCGGAUAAGAUGAAAGAAAUCCAGGAGCAGCAGAGGGAUAAGCUUUAUGAGUGUCGUGCUGCGGGGGAGGGUGAGGAGUCCUAA